CUCUUUUGUGUUAUUUCAUAUUUUUCCAAUCAGGCCAUGAUGUCAGUCCAACAAUCAAUUACCGAAAAGCUAACAAAGGAAUUCAAGGUACUUAAGGUGGUUGGUUUUAUUAACCUUUUUACACCCUAAUAUCAGUAUGCAUAUUCUCCAUACUGUUCACUAUACAUUUCUUAAGGUGCUGAAAUGGAGAAUUUGCUUAACAAUCAAGAGCUUUUUUAGUAGCUGAUCAUUUCCUUUUUUCUCGUAACCUCAAUGUUUGAUUCAGGAGUGAUAUUGUAGGAAGAAAUUAGAUUCCAGUCACUAAUAGGAGUCAAACAGUUAACUUCUGAGUAUGUUUAUGAGUGCAAAAUCAGCAAUGUGUUACAAUGUUUUUUUUGUUACAGCCUGUCUAUUUAGAUGUAAUGAAUGAAAGUUACAUGCAUAAUGUUCCAAAAGGUAAGCUUUACUUUCAUUGUUGACAGUAAGCUCGUACCCUUCUUUUAGUUGUUAAAUAUAGCAAUACAAAUAUUCUUGGAAGCUCGUACAAUUUAUAUGGAUGAAUUUAACCCUUGACUCCCAGAGGUGAUCGGCAUGUAACUUCUCUCAGCAACAUCUAUACAUUAUUCAGCAAACAGGGGACGAGAAACCUUAACUUAUUAGGUAGCAGUUGUUACCUUGAUCAAACACCAAAUUCUUGUAACUAACUUACAAAGAAAUGUCUUGCAGCCAGAGGGGAGAAUUCACAAUACGAUCUUGGGAGUUAAAGGGUUAAAACCCUAAAAGCCAUGAUUACGAAAUUGGAUCAGAGUAAUAACAUAAAGAUAACCUGUUAGGCAAAGUAUAUCCCAGCUGUUCAUUAUCUCUUUUACACCCUAACAUUAGUAUACAUCUUCUCCACACUGUUCUUUAUACAUUUCCUGAGGUGCUGAUAAGGAGAAUUUAUUUACCAAUCAAAAGGUUCCUUCUCUGGUGAUCAUUUCCUUUAUUCUCAUGACCUUAAUAUGUGAUUCAGGGGUGAUAUUGUUAGGAGAAAUUAGAUGCUGGUCACUCUUAGCAGUUAAAGGGUUAACCCCUUGAUUACCAAUCACACUGAGUGAUCUAAUGCCAACGCGAAUUAAUUUAUCAUUUUUCAGAAUUUUUUAACUUGUUUUGAGUUUUAAGGCAAGGUUGUUUUAUAUAUCCAGUGAUGGAGAUCUGACUGUUACUCUCCAACUUUUAAUGUGCUGAGUACGUCAUGUAGGCACAACAUGAAAAUUGGGUGACAUAAUCAGUACAUCAUGAAAGUUGUGAAGGAGUUAAUGUAAAUGGUGUUUUUUGGAACUUCUCAGGUUCAGAAACCCAUUUUAAGGUUGUGGUGGUAUCUUCAAAUUUUAAUGACAAACCGUUAAUUCAGGUAGGAAAUCAUUUUGAUUCUGUUGUAGUUUUUAAUCCUUUAUACCCUAACAUCAGUAUGCAUAUUCUCCAUACUGUUCUCUAUACAUUUCCUAAUGUGCUGGUGAGGAGAAUUUGUAUAACAAUGAAGUGGUUCUUUGUAAUCAGUUGAUUAUCAUUUCCUGUAUUCUCAUGACUGUAAUGUUUGAUUCAUUGGGGAUAUUGAAAGGAGAAACUAGAUACUGGUCACUCUCAGGGAUUAGAGGGUUAAGUGGUGGUGAGAGCUUGAGAUUUAUAAUUUAUAGAUAAUGUAGUCAUUAAAUUUGACGACUGUGAAAAUAGUAAUCGCAAAUGAGCUUAUUUUAAAUCUAUCUUUUCAUCAUUGGACCCUUUCACUCCCAGGAGCAACAAAGAAAGAAUUUCUCCCUACAAUAUCAAUGCAUUUUCAAGCAGUAUUGUGAUGAGUUGAAAGAAAAAUUAAAACUAGGGACACUUGUUUGAUUUAUGCACAGGUCAAUUUUAAGCUUCAAACCCCCCCCCCCCAUUGAGGGGAAAUUGAACCUUGCCUGACUGGGGUGGGGAAGUUGGACCAAAAGUGUCAAGUCUUUCCAGCAGUGGAGGUGUUUAACCCUUUUGCUUCUAUGAUCUCAAUACAAAUUCUCCUAUCUGUCUUCUAUGCAUUUCUUAUGAUUGUAGCUGUGAGAAUUUGGUGUUAAAUCAAAUAAUGUGCCCCUGCUGAUAAUUUUCUAUCUUCUCAUUAUGUUUUUGGUUGAUGUUGUAUUGAUAUUGUUAGGAGAAAUUACUCAUUAGUCACUUGCAGGACUGAAAAGGUUAAGGUAAAUAGACCACUUACAUGAGAAAAUGGUUCAGAAGAAAAGGCCGAUAAGGUCAAGGUUUUAAAGCUUGGUUAGUGCACUGAUUAACCCUUUAACUCCUAGAAGUGAUUAACAUGUAAAUUCUCCCCACAGUAUUCACACUUUAUCCAGCAAGCAGGUAAUGAGAAUACUCAGACUUAUCAGGUAGAAGUUGUUGUUGAAAUCUAACACCAAAUUCUCCAAACUAAAUUACAAGGUAAUGUGUAACUGCUAGAGGGGAGAAUUAACAUUCAGAUCUUGGGAGUUUUAAAAAAGCAUUAAGCCUUUUUUACAAAAAAAUUGGGUAAGGCAUUUGAACAAGCCAAUCUUUAAAAAGUUCAAAUGCCAGGAGGGUUAUGGGGGGUGGGGAGAGGAAUGUUGAAGCUUGAAUUGAAUGAUGCAUUAAUUCUCAGACCUAAAAUUAGAAACAAUAUAUGAGAGAUUGUUUGGAGAAUUUACACUUGUAUCUUUGGGUUAACAGAGACACAGAUUGGUCAAUGAAGUCCUAAAGGAAGAGUUGGCCACUGGGGUCCAUGCUCUGUCUAUACAGGUAAUAAAUUUAACUCCUAAAUUUCUGAAAGCAAUUUAUAUGUAAUUUUUCCUGACAAUAUAAAUAUAUUAGCAAGAAAGCAGGUGAUUAGAGUUGAUAAACUUAUCUGCCAAAGCAAGUCAUCUUUAUUUACAAAAUAACUAAGAUACUAUGAAAGGCGAGCAUGAUUCUUGAAUUUAUGCAUUAGCAUGAGGUGUGGUUUGCCUCUUGAAAUAUAUGGGACCCAUGAAUUUUUUUCUUCAUUUUGUGAAAACCUCAAGAUUUCCUUGAAAUCUUGUACACAAGAAGAGAGAUUGAAGUUUUCCUUUUCUCUAUGUGAUACAUAAAUUCUUCAAAAUUUUUUUGUGCAAAGCAGGAUCAGAACCCCUUCCCCCCCCUUUGAGAAGGCAAAGUAAUACCCAAAUGCAAAGGGCUGUGGUGGGGUAGGGCAUGAGAAGAGAUAAAAUAGGUUCUUUAUUGUGUGCUUUUUUUGUGGACUUCCUCUUUAGACCAUUGGGGAGAAAAAGGAGAACUGUAGACAGACCUUUAACCCUUUAACUCUGGAGGUCUCAUUAGUAAUUCUCCUUACUGUCUUCUGUACAGUUCUUGUUAUGUUAGUUUAAAGAAUUUGGGAUUGUAUCAACUUAUAAUCCCCUAAUUGAUAUUUUUCUUCAUUCUCAUCAUUAGUAAUUCUCCUUACUGUCUGCUGUACAGUUCUUGUGAUGUUAGUUUGAGGAAUUUGGGAUUGUAUCAACUUAUAAUCCCCUAAUUGAUAUUUUUCUUCAUUCUCAUCACUUGUCUACUUGAUGUUGUAUAGAUAUUGUAAGGAGAAAUUCUAUCUUGGUCACUCAUGGGAGUUAAAGGGUUAAGAGAAACAGUGCAUUACACCUUCAGUUGUUCUUAUUUGAUUUUCAAGAUAAUUGUUUAUAUUGCUGUUGUUUUUUUUUAAGGCCAAAACUCCAGAACAGUGGGAAAGUAGCACAAAGACAUUACCCAAGUCACCCCCUUGUAUGGGGGGCAGCAAAAGAUGA